UCGAAUAGAAUCGAAUCAUCGAUUGUUGAUGCACAUGCAAAACACGCGCAUUUUGCAAAAUAAAAAACAAUAAAUAAAACAUGCAACUACAACCCCAUAGAUACGAGCAUUACAAAACACUAUUGCGAGACUUGCUGCAAAGCGUCACAACUCUCAUUCGCAACUAUGUCAACACAUUAAAAAGCCAGACACCAAACCUCAUAACACAAGCAAAUCGACUAUGGGAAUUGAGACAGCGGCAACGUUUAGUCAUGGGUGUCGAGACAACAGCAGCGAAUAAUCUGCUUACAGCUAGUAACGCCGUAUACCAGCAAAUUUACCAGGCAAUAGAAAGUCUGCUUGAAGCGCUAGACGAGAUUGCUAAGCACAUUGAAGAUUUCGAACGCAUAAGCAAUGAACUCAGGGAAGAAGCACAGCAGAAUUGUGAACUGCCAACACUUUCCCACUGCACUGGAUGGUUAUUGCAAACGCUGAGCGUUCUGCAAACCCAGGCGAAAUAUUUGGAACUUCACACACGUUCACUGCAUCCAGCGGCAAUCGAGAGCACAACGGCGAAACAGCUGCAGAAAGACCUGCAGCUAGUCAAGGAAUACGAGCUAAACAUUUGCAUGGGCAUUGCAAAAGCAGAGCGACAACAACUUGAUAUUUUGCCGCCUUUGGCGAUAACAAUAUGACCACAA